UAUUUAGAAGGUUGCCCUUUGCAGGUCAUGAAGUUUUGUUAAGACUGGACCUGUAAGCCAAGUGUAGUUUAUUUUUUAUGCAUGAGUAAGAACAUCUAGUAAAUGACGUUGCGUCACUCGGCACCAUGUUUGAACCACAGUAAAGUGUAGUCUUACAUUUAGGUGUCGACCCAGUGAAAAGUAAUCACAUUGAGGAAAUUUCUGCAACGGUAAACCCCGUGUUGACAUAUGACGUCACCGGGUGACGGCAGGCGGGGCUGUUGUUGUUGCUGUCGUCCGUCACUCGGGAAGCUCCGCCACCGACUCGCUCGCAUCCUCGGUCAAACUCGGUUAAUCUUCGGAUAAAUCACAAAUCUGAUUCACCAGCUCCGUGAAGGAUCAAAUUUCCCACUGUUAGUUUUUCUCUGUUCGCUACUGCGUCCACUCACCAUGGGGAACUGUUUGACUGUGGGUCCUAACGAGGCUCUGGUGGUCUCCGGUGGCUGCUGUGGAUCUGAUAAUAAGACCUAUAUGGUGGGAGGCUGGGCCUGGGCUUGGUGGCUCAUCUCUGACACUAAAAGGAUAAGCCUGGAGCUCAUGACUCUGCAGCCCCGAUGUGAGGACGUGGAGACAGCAGAGGGAGUAGCGAUCACUGUUACAGGAGUGGCUCAGAUAAAAGUCAUGACAGAGCAGGACUUACUGGCAGUAGCUUGUGAGCAGUUUCUGGGUAAAUCAGUGAUCGAAAUCAAAGCUGUGGUUCUUCAGACUUUGGAGGGACAUCUGCGCUCCAUUUUAGGGACCCUGACUGUAGAGCAGAUCUAUCAGGACAGGGACCAGUUUGCUAAACUGGUGAGGGAGGUGGCAGCUCCAGAUGUGGGCAGGAUGGGCAUCGAGAUUCUCAGCUUCACCAUUAAGGACGUGUAUGAUAAACUGGAUUACCUGAGCUCUCUCGGGAAGACUCAGACUGCUGCUGUCCACAGGGAUGCAGACAUCGGCGUGGCGGAGGCAGAGAGGGAUGCUGGGAUAAGGGAGGCAGAAUGUAAGAAGGAGAUGAUGGACAUCAAAUUCCAGGCAGACACCAAGAUGGCUGAUUCCAAACGAGAGCUUGAGCUGCAGAAAGCUGCGUUCAACCAGGAGGUCAACACGAAGAAAGCAGAGGCUCAGUUGGCCUACGAGCUGCAGGCAGCCAAGGAGCAGCAAAAGAUUCGUCUGGAGGAGAUUGAGAUCCAAGUAGUGCAGAGGAAGAAAGAAAUCACCAUUGAAGAGAAGGAGAUUGAUCGCACAGACAAGGAGCUCAUUGCUAUCGUGAAGAGGCCUGCUGAGGCUGAGGCCUACAAAAUGCAGCAGCUGGCUGAGGGUUACAAGAUGCAGACAGUGCUGAUAGCUCAGGCAGAGGCAGAGAAGAUCAAGAAGAUUGGUGAGGCAGAGGCUUCUUCUAUUGAAGCGAUUGGAAAAGCAGAGGCUGAGAAGAUGAGGCUGAAGGCGGAGGCGUACCAGCAAUACGGAGACGCAGCAAAGACUGCCAUUGUCCUCGAGGCCCUGCCUAAGAUUGCAGCCAAGGUGGCAGCACCGUUGUCCAAGACCAAUGAGAUUGUUAUCCUGAGUGGGGAAAACCACCGUGUGACAGGAGAGGUAAACCGCCUCUUGGCUGAACUCCCUGUGUCUGUCAGUGCUCUCACUGGAGUGGAUUUGUCAAAGAUCCCAUUGCUGCAGAAGAUGACCAGCACUUAAGCCUGAAAGCAGAUUACUCCAAAUGACUCCAGUGUCUGUCGUAUGCACUCUCAGAGACUGCCUUUAAUACACUUGAAAUAUGUUGUUUUAUACGAAUAUACUGGAAACCAAGUGAAUUUUGGAAACCUCUGGUGCCUUACUUUAUACAGGACCAGAAAAUCUGCAUGCACUGCUGCUCAUUCAAAGAAUAUUUAUUUAGUUUUCACAUGGGAACAUGUUGUGUUGUUUUUCUUUGUUUUUUUUAUUUGACUAUCAUAUUAAUGUAUAUCAGCCUGUUUGUAUGAACAAUGAAGAGGAGAGCUGAUAGUAGAGAGGUGUGAUGACUGACUUACCUGCUGACUUCACCCAGGUUACAUGUGUGAUACCAUGUGAUCUGACAGCUGCUGCUGUCAGAUCAAAGCAGUCCAUUGAUGAGCGCCUGGGGGCUCAGCCUAAAACAAGAACAUGGGUCAUUGGGUCAUAGGACCAUAGUGGAGAAGUUGAAGAGGUCUUGGACAGUGGUUUUCGUGGCAGAGGCCUCUUAGAUGCUUUCCUGAGAUCACAUCUCUUGGCUGGCUUGGGAAAAACCUCUGUAUCCCCUAGAGGACUUUGUCUCUGGGCUUCCCCACUGAGACAGCAAAUGUUAUUCAGGUUAUUUUUUGUCUCAGUGAUUUAUUUUUACAAUGUGACAAAGGUGCUCACAAUCAUAACAUAAGCCCUUUCAUUUAAUUGUUUUUAUCUUUGCAAAGAUAAUGAAUAAAAGUACUGUUGGGUACAUGUAUGAAGUCAAAUAUCAACGGUACUCAACCCGACAAAAGACAAAUGCCAAGUAGUAUAAAGGUUAUCUUUAAAUAUUUAUUUUACCACAAGGAAGGACUUGGGAUUCUGUAGAAUUUGUCUGACUUUUGUGUUUGAUUUCCUACUAUAUUUGUAAAUGGUAAGCCAUGUUUAAACUUGUAAACAUUUCACAGAAACACACUUUGUGUUUUGUGUGUGGGUCUCUCACUGGUGUGUGUGUCAGUGCACAGGAGCUGAUGCUCAGUUACAGUCAAAGAUGUAGUGAUGACGUUUUAUCCACAUUCACCUCUGAACUCACCUCCACUCAACCCAAAUCCUCCAGACACUGAGAUUUCCUUUGAAACUCAUCUAAAUGUUGUAGUUUUACAUUUUAGAAUACAAAAUGCCACAGGAGCAGAGGACUGUUAUGGUUGUUAAUAUUAUUUUGUAGCUGUUGUUCAUUCUCAGUCGGUUUCUGUUUGUAACAUUUGUUACGGGUUUAGUGACUUGACAAAUACUGUGAUCGUAUUGAUUUGUUUUUUUUUGACAGGCAGACAUUUGAACUUUAGAUGUGUUCAAAGUAUACACUUUAUUCUGUCUUUGUGAAAUUAUUUGAUAUAUUUAUAACGUUAUUUGCAACAUGUGUCUCAAAUGGCCAUGAGUUCCUGUAUGCUCUUGCUGCAUGUCAUCCAUCUGUACUCAAAAUGAUCAGUUCUAUGCUAAAUGUCACUCUAAUAAAACAAAUAAUUUA